CAACGCGGCGGGUGACGUGCUCUGCCCGCGACCCUCCCCGGAAGCGGGCGGGCGGCGCGGCGCUGAUUGCGUCACGGGGGGGCGGCGGCGGCUUCUUCAGCGGCGGCCGGAGGGGCCUGGGGCACCGUGAUGGAGAGUGCGAGCCAGGGUCUGCUGUCGGAUGCCAUGACAGAUGUUCCAGUGGAUAGCGUGGCUUCGGGCAGGACCUCCGUGCCCGAGGGGCUGACUCUGGCUGAAGAGGAGGAGUUGAGAUCUGAGCUUGCCAAGGUUGAAGAAGAAAUUGGUACUCUCAGGCAAGUUCUGGCUGCUAAAGAGAGGCACUGUGGAGAGCUGAAGAGGAAGCUAGGUUUGACUCCCUUGGAUGGGUUAAAGCAAAACCUGUCAAAAAGCUGGCAUGAUGUUCAAGUCUCCAAUGCUUAUGUGAAAACAUCUGAGAAACUUGGAGAGUGGAAUGACAAAGUGACACAGUCUGACUUAUAUCUUUCAGCCAGCAGCACACUGGAGGACUGGAAUGAAAAAUUAACUCAAUCAGAAGCUUAUAAGAAGACCCAGGAAACCCUUUCCCAGGCAGGACAGAAGACUUCAGCAGCCCUUUCCAAUGUAGGUUCCGUUAUCAGCAGGAAACUUGGUGACAUGAGGGAAUUUCCUAUUCCACUGUGGCUGGGAAUAUCCAAGUGGGCUCACCCUUUCUCGCAUUCCUUUAGCAGUUACUCCAUCCGCCACUCGAUAAGUAUGCCAGCGAUGAGGAAUUCUGCAACCUUCAAGUCAUUUGAAGAUAGAGUUGGGACCAUAAAGUCCAGAGUGGUGGGCAGCAGGGAAAAUAGCACUGAUGGCCUCCACUCCCCCUCGGGAGCUGGAGACAAGCCUCCACAAGAUAACGCUCCUUUCUAGACCUGCAAUGUGGUUUUGCACGGCUGUGCACGACUGUAAGAGUGAGCCCCCUCCCUCCUGAAUCUCCACAACAGCAACAACAUGUGAACCCAACAAGGGGCUGAGCACCAGUCUGGAGAGAUCCAUCAUUCAUUCAUAGACACUGCUGCUGGAUUGAAGUCAAAUAAAGAGAAUGCAAAGUUUUGUACACAAAUAAUAUUUUACACUAAAGUUUGUAGAUUAAAUGUAUCACUGCUGUCCUUUUGGGAGAGCAUGUAAGAUGGAGUUUCCUUAAAGUAGCUCAGAAAUGCCACUGGUAUAGAUAAGAAAAACAAAAACAGUUUUCCCUUGUCUGACAUAACUUGGAACUAUCGAUACAUCACCCUGAGCAGUGUGAGGAGGGCAGUUACUGGAGAAGCCAAGUGCAUGGGCAUCUUAGCUUCAGCUUCUGGCUCUGUUCUCUGUUCAGGGCAUGCCAUGCAGCUACUCUGUGAGCUCCCAGGCUUCUCCUAUUACUGUUUUCUCUGGCUCUCAUUGGAGUCGUCUGGUAAAUGGGGUAAACAGUUGGCUUUUUUUCUGGGCUUCCAAAAGGGAAACUUCACUUAGCAGCUGCCUCGUUGUUACACUAAUGCUCUAGCUUUAACAAAACUAAAAAAUUUUUAUUUUUAAAUGCAAUGAACUUUAAAGAAAUAAAGCAUAAAAACAAAAAGCUUUGGCAUCAUAUUAGGGAAAUGUUCCCUUGGACUCUGAAACUGAAUUGCAAGCCUUACAUCACCUUAUGCUUUACUUGUUUAUGAUAAUUUUUUUUUCUAUAGAGAAGACCAUAAGGGUUAUAAAGCUGGAUGUUGAGCACUGGAGUUUUGCAUCAUACAGUAGUAGCAGCAUGCUUAUAAGCCAGUUCUUGUGUUAAAUUUAGUGGUACACUCUGUUUCCUGAGUGUAUGAAACUUGCUUCUCCCUUCUCAGUUUAUGCCUUCUUUCUUGGAGAAGGAAUUCCUGAAGGCUGCUAGCAACAGGGCCAGAUGAGAAAGGCCAAAGCUGUCUCUAGCAAUACUGAUGCUAUGUUGGAGGGACUCUGCUCUCUGGAGGUUCCUCCCUCUAGUACAUCUGACUCUGACUGGAUGUUUGUUUGGUUUUUUGGGUUUUUUUGUGUUUUUUUUUUUUCAUUUGAAAGCCCCAGCUCUAAUCUUGUUUUACAAAACUGGCAGAGUCACAGAGCUCAACCAGUUCCCCCAGGGGCUGCGUGUUUUGCUCUUUUGAUGUCCAGCUUUGUUGCUCAGGAGCUGAAAAAAAAAAUAAAUCUGAGUUUUCUUUUAGAGGCCUGAUCUUAUUCUAGGCAAGGUGCCUCCACAUAGAAAUACCUAGAGUGAGCAAUUCUGUGCCUUAGAGGCGAAGUGGGACUGACUCAGGUCUUUAGACUUGCUUGUGUACAUAUCUGGGUAGUUUUAGUGGUUUUAUCACCCUGGAGGGACCGAACAGUCUCUGACAAUUUAGAGAAGCAAGUUUUGACACUUACCUGCUAAUGAAUCUCUGUUUCCCCCACCCUUGCUUCCCCUCCCUCUGCAGACCUGGGGACACAGGAUGAAAUGCUAGAAGGCAGGUGUGCUAGCAGUAGGUGGAGUGUAGAGUGUCACGUAGUGUCGCUCCUUGUUUGACUGAAGCUGGUCUCUCUUGAGGGACAGAGCCAGUGAAACGGGGACUGCCGGCGCUUGGGUAUUGAACCGUUUCUCUUUACAGAUAAAGUCUGAGGAAACUUGUCAAUAAAGCAUUCCUUUGGGAGAGAA